AAAAGUCUUCAAACCAACUCGACUGAAGCUUUAUCUAAGGGCCUGGGUUGAUAAAGACUGUUACUUUUUCAGCGGUUUAACGGCAGUGGUGACAAGAAAAGCCGGUUUAAAUUAAAAAGUAACCUAAUAAAAAUGAAAUUCAUGUUACAUAUUUUCUUGAAGCAGCACGCGUUCAAUCACUGUCAAUCACGCAGGCGUCGCGUGCACUUGAAAUGGACUAAAAGAAUAAACUGCUUCACUCACCUAAACUGGACAAAUUAAUAAUCGAUGUUGACGUAAACUCGGUUGGAGAAGCUUUAGUUUUAAUAGAAAUGAGGUUUCCGGAUGUUUAUAAGAAGAAACAAUGGUUACAUCAAUGAGAAGAUCUUUCAAUGCUACACUGAAAUGUCAGCCAGAGAUGUUCCCUCGUGUCAGAAAAAGAGGAGGAGCUGAACUUCUCUUUGAUGGGGUCAAGAAUCAUCAUGUGACACUCCCUGGCCAAUCAGAUCCCUGGGACAUGAAGCAGCUGCUUGCGUGGAUUCGAGGGAACAUGCUGAAGGAGCGCCCAGAGCUCUUUAUGCAGGGCGACACUGUUAGACCCGGGAUUCUCGUAUUGAUCAACGACGCAGACUGGGAACUGAUGGGUGAACUGGAGUACCAGCUUCAGGACCAGGAUAAUAUUGUCUUUAUCUCCACACUUCAUGGAGGCUAACUGACUCUAAAUCAACACCACGCCCAUACAGGAGCCCCUCCACCCUUCAAAAGGUCAAAAAUCAGAUGAUCCAUCAACAAUGGCAUCGGUGGCCGAUAUCAAUCCCAGCCAUGGACUUCUCGACCAGUCAUGUGAAAAGACUUAUUUUGAUUUUAAGUCUAAUAAAACGUAACGUCAUCGGGAAUCUGGCUGCGGAGGGCCGGUUCACUGUCCCCUGUACCUUACAGGAGCGUGGUGGGGUUACAAUGGGGAGCAAGGGCUCAUUAGGAAGGUCACUCUGUCUAGCCAGUGUCCAGAUGGAUUCUCCUGAGACGUGGUGGACCGGUUGCCCCAUGUCAAAUGGCUCAGUUAUAAUUUAUUCAUUUUCUGUUAGAUCCAUAGCUAUCAAUUGUAUGUUUACUAUGUAAAUCCGUAUUUUUUAUUUUUUUUUUAUCUGAAUUAAUAAAUAUUGUCACAAUAUUGUUUUAUUUGUGAUUUUA